AAACAAAGUUAAUUUAAUCUCUAAAUUCCAAUUCUAAAAUUGCCUGCAUUUAUAAUCAUACAUAACCUUAAAAACAGUUUCUGUUUACAUGGAGUAACAAGUGUAUGAUGUUGAACUAAAGCAAUUAUUAUUAAUUAAAAAAAGUGAAGAUUAACAAAAUGAAUUCAUUAGUUAAUUGUUGUAAGAAUUUAUCUAAGACAACAAUUAAUAGAAUAACAAAUCAAUAUUUUGUAAAAGAAUAUGGUACACAUUUGUCAGAUUAUAAUAUCAAAUGGGUUAGACCUACGGUAAUACCAAAAUCAAAACCAGAAAAGAGUGGUGACCUGGGUAUACCUCAUGAUGUAAAACCAACACAAUUAGUUCCAGGAUAUGAAAAGUCCAAAGAAUUACAAGAUGCCAAUGAGAUCGUAAGAAGAUUAGUUACAUUACAAUUUUAUCCUCGGAAAGAAACUAUAAAAACAAGAAGUGAGAAGAUAAUAGAAUUGGUUAAAAGACAUGGAUCAGACCGUGGAUCUCCAGAAGUUAUGAUUGCUGCAAUGACAGCUGAAAUACUACAGUUACAAGAAAAUGCGGUAAAUAAUAUUAGAGAUAAAAGAGAGAAAGUAUUUUUAAGGGAAUUAAUAGACAAGAGAAAUAAAUAUUUGAGAAAAAUGCGCAAAUGGGAUUACAAACGUUAUGAAUGGAUUUUAGAAAGAUUAAAUCUUUUUUACAAAGCCUUACCAACAGAUAAUACUCCAGCUUAUAGGAAGGAUUCUUUAAGAAAAUUAACGCAGAAGCAUUGCGAUAAAAUAAAACAAGCAAAAUUGGAUGCUUAUAAAGCUCAAUUGAAACAAGAACAGAAAACAUUUUUUAAAGAUAAAGUGGAAAAACUUAUUUUCAUUAGAAAAGAGGAAUUAGAAUUAGGCUUGGAACCAACUGUGACGGAAGAUGAUAUCGAAAGAGCAAGGGGUCAACUGAACGAGGUACUUAACGAACAAACGAGUUAAUAAAACCUGUUGUUCUCGACGACUUUAUAAUUAUAAAUUAUGCAAACUAUGUUAGCAUUAAUAACAAAAUUACAUUUACCCUAAAAUAAAAAG